UGGCAGCCCCUCACUUAUUUGUUGGUUUUUUGUUGCUGGUUUUUGAUUUUUUAUAUUUUAUUUUCAUAGAAAACUGAUAUGCAACCGUAAAUCUCGGUCAAUACGUUGUUAACCCCAAAUGAAAAGCAAGAUCCAGACACAACAGUGUGUGACAGUGUCAAAGGCAUGAGCAAAGGCAUCCCGAGCGGCGGAACCACAGCAAAAACAACAGCGCGCAGGGGGCAAAAGUGGACGAAGAAUGUAGCUAACAGCCCAGCUGCUUUCUCGAAAAUUCUCGUAGCGACGGAAGUGUAUCAGCAAGAAAGUAAUUAAGCAAAAGUCAACGGAACUGGUGCUGGAAUGACAACUGCCAUGGAGCUAUACUGCUGGGGGAGCACCACCCAUGGACAACUGGGUCUUGGCGGCAUAGAGGACGAGCAGAUCGUUACGCCCAGCCAAAUACCAUGGAAGCCGGACUCCGCCGUGCAGCAGGUGGCCUGUGGGCACCGGCACACCCUCUUCCUGACCGCCAACGGCAAAGUGUACGCCUGCGGCAGCAACGACCACUCGCAGCUGGGGCACGAUCUACCCACCAAAAGGCCACGUAUGUCGCCAUUUCUGCUUAUCCCCGAGUUACAGGACUAUGUGAUUAUCCAGAUCGCGUGCGGCAGCCGCCACUCGUUGGCCCUAUCCGAGUGGGGUCAGGUGCUAAGUUGGGGCGACAACGAUUGCGGCCAACUGGGUCAUGCCACUGAUCAGGAGAUCAUUCAGCUGCCGAAGGUCGUGCGUCAGCUAGUGUCCAAAACAGUGGUGCAGAUUGCGUGCGGCAAUAAUCAUAGCCUGGCGCUAACGAGCUGUGGUGAAAUGUAUUCGUGGGGCUCCAACAUCUACGGCCAGUUGGGCGUGAACAUGCCCAAUGAGCUGACGCACAGUAAUCAUCCCGUAAGAUUGACCACGCUUCUGGGAAUUCCGGUGGCGGCCAUUGCCUGCGGUGGCAAUCACUCGUUUCUCAUCUCCAAGUCAAGUGCCGUGUUCGGUUGGGGCAGGAACAACUGCGGGCAACUCGGACUGAAUGACGAAGAGAACCGCGCCUAUCCCACCCAGCUGAAGACGCUGCGCACUUUGGGCGUACGAUUCGUGGCCUGCGGCGAUGAGUUCUCAGUGUUUCUGACAAACGAGGGCGGUGUGUUCACCUGUGGAGCUGGCGCCUAUGGCCAAUUGGGACAUGGCUUCGGCUCAAAUGAGAUGCUGCCAAGAAUGGUCAUGGAAUUAAUGGGUAGCACCAUUACUCAAGUCGCCUGCGGCAAUCGACACACUAUGGCGCUAGUGCCGUCGCGCGGAAGGGUCUACAGCUUCGGAUUGGGCAGCUCGGGGCAGUUGGGAACGAGGAGCACCAAGAGUUUGAUGCUGCCGCAAGUGGUCAUCGGUCCUUGGGUAUCGCCCAGUGGAUCGGCUUUGCUGCAGUCCAGCGAUGCGAAGGUCUCGGUGGUCAUUCAUCAGAUCUUCUCCGGCGGGGAUCAGUCCAUUGUGACGACCACAUUGUAUGUGGACAAAGUGCCGCCUGAAGAUCUAAGAAAUUACAAGAAAAAAUCCCAGAUUUUGGCCCUAACGGCGGAGGCCACCAAGCAAUGUGCUCGUUUCAAGCAGGAUGAUCAAAGCGACUUGGAUCUGCUAAACACCAUGGAGCUGAUCUUCAAAAGUCAGGCCUGCCUGAAUGCCUCUUUCUUGCUGGACCACGAAAGACACUUUGGCUGUUCCGUUCGCAACCAUGGAUUGGAUCUCAAGGCGGCUCAACUGGCCUUUGAUCAUUUGCGUAAUGUCGAGAACGAAGCCAUCAAGCAGGUGAUUUGGGACAAUGUCACCAAGGAACUGAUUGGUUCCAUGGUGGCCUCACCCGCUGAUGUUGAGAGCAUGCGUGUAUACCUCCUGCUGCCGCUGUAUCAUGAGUUUGUGAACUCUAAGCACUACAAGUCCCUGCAGGUGCCCUUCGCCAAUGCCAUAUUUAAACUGACGGAGAAUCCGCGGAAGGUGCUGAUUAAGUGGCUAGCCCAAACGCCAUCGGAAUACUUUGAGCAUUUGGUGCAAAAUUUUCUGCACGUCGUAGUCCACAUAAUAAGCUUCAAAAUGGACUUGGCUGUCGUUAAUCCCGCAGCUGAGAGACGUCAAAGGCUGCUCCCCUACAGCUCCGAUCUAGAAGUUAUCCUAAAGCUGAUCUCAACGCUCUGCGCCAUCAAUAACCGGCGUGAUGAGCGCCUUAAUUAUCAGGUCUUCUACUGGCCGGAUCUCGCCGACUACGCUGACGUCCAGCAGGAGUAUGUGAAGUGGAUAAUGGCCGACACUGCCGGAGAGUUCAAUAUCUGCAACUAUUCAUUCCUAUUUGAUCCCGCGGCGAAAACGGCACUGCUGCAAGCGGAUCAGGCCCUUCAGAUGCACUCGGCCAUGGCCAAUGCGGCCAACAAUGCAUUUUACAAUCUGCUAAACUACGGCAUGCCAAUCUCCCAGUUCAUAGUGCUGAACGUGACCCGAGAGAAUCUUGUGCAGGAUUCCCUCCGAGAGUUGCAGCGCUACCCGCAGAGUGAUCUUAAGAAGCCUCUGAAGAUCAAGUUCCAAGGCGAGGAAGCCGAGGAUGCCGGUGGAGUGCGCAAGGAGUUCUUUAUGCUGCUUUUGAAAGAUCUCCUCGAUCCGAAGUAUGGCAUGUUCAAGGAAUUUGAGGAGUCCCGGUUGCUUUGGUUCGCCGAUCUAACCUUUGAGACGGAGAACAUGUACUUCCUGAUUGGCGUGCUCUGCGGCCUGGCCAUUUACAACUUUACGAUAAUCAAUCUGCCUUUCCCGCUGGCAUUAUUCAAGAAGUUAUUGGGUAAAUCAGUCGACCUCAGCGAUCUCCGCCAGUUGUCGCCGCAGGAGGCCAACUCUAUGCAGUCGUUGCUUGAUUACAAGGGCGAGGAUUUCAAGGAAGUCUUCGACCUGACCUUUGAGAUAUCGCGAGACGUGUUUGGCGAGUCGGAGACCAAGUGCCUUAAGCCUAACGGCAGCGACAUAGCCGUAACUCUUGAAAACAGACAAGAGUUUGUGGACCUGUAUGUGGACUUUGUGUUUAACAAGUCGGUGGAGUUGCACUACAAUGCCUUCCACAAGGGCUUCUUGAAGGUGUGCUCCGGUCGAGUGAUUAACAUUUUUCAGCCGGAGGAGCUGAUGGCGGUGGUGGUUGGCAACGAGGAAUAUGACUGGCAGGCACUGCAGGAUAACUGCGAGUACAAAGAGGGCUACUCAUCGGGCGAUGAUACUAUCAAAUGGUUCUGGGAGAUCAUCCAUGAUCUGUCCGAGGCAGAAAAGAAGAGUUUCCUCCUCUAUUUGACUGGCAGCGAUCGUAUUCCCAUCCAGGGCAUGAAGGCUCUCAAGCUCACCAUUCAGCCCACUUCCGAUGAGCGCUUCCUGCCCGUCGCCCACACUUGCUUUAACCUGCUGGAUCUGCCGCGCUACAAGACCAAGGAGCGCCUCAAGUUCAAGCUGCUUCAAGCCAUCCAGCAAACUCAGGGCUUCAGCCUGGUCUGAUACACACACCGGCUUUCAAGUACAGGUAUUUUUUCCAAAACUAUUUCUCGCAUUUCUGGAUUUAAGAAGAACGAUACAUGGAACACAGACAUUUAUCACCGAUCAAAUCAAAUAGUAUAAUGUUGUGUGUUAUGGCUUUAAAAAACUAGAGUAAAUAUCACAUUGUUAUGGAAUUUAAGGUAAAAAAGAGAAAGUAAGAAUAAAAUUGGUGCAUCAGUUUGAAGACUA